AUGUUACGAAACGACCUUCGCCAAAGUCGCAAUGUUCCCAAAUAUGGCGCUUGGUCAGAGAAUCCCCAAAUAUCAGGGCUUACACCCCUCGCCCCUCUUUUCCCCAAAGCACACAUGGAUCCUGAAGAAAUCGUUCUCCGAAAUAGAAUUGAGGACUUUCAACGAGAGCAAUUUGAUGGAUUUACCGCUCGGGAAUUGGCGGAUAUGGAUGUUAUCACUGACAGGCACUUGAAAGAGUCUACGUUGGAUAAUCCCAUCAUGCCGCUUUUUCAACAAGAGAGAUGGGAAAUACAGCCUCAUCAGCCGGAUUUGACGAGGGACCAUAUGUAUCCGCUGAUAAUUGAUGGGGUGCAGAGGGGAGAUUGGUCAAUGCAUAAUCCGUUGGUGUAUGAGAAAUUGAAGCCGGUUUUGCAAUUGGCGAGUAGGACUAUAAUGAGCAUGUAUACAUUACCGUGGUUCGCAGCUCUGAUAUUUGGUGAAAGAGUUCCGAUCGAUCCAGCGAGGAUUCGUCCAAAAGAUGAAGUGCCGGAUAAUUUGGUAUCAUUUCUUCCGUACAACAUCACAGAUUACAGUCUUGUUCGUAAGAGAAUGGAAGAGGUAUUCGACGAUCUAGAAAAGAACUGGAAUUGCAAAUUCGGCUUCAUGUCACCCGAUGAAGAUCCUCGCGGUCCUGAAUAUCCCAUUGAUCCGGAGGAUACACUUCCAGAUAGUGUGUAUGGGCUUACCGUAACAAAUUAUCAAUACAUGGAAUAUCAUGAAGCGGAAAAUAAGGAGUGGCAGAUUUAUGUAUGGCUUGCUUAUUCAAGGCUACAAUCACUGUUCAGAAAUGAUCUAUCUACUUCGGAGAGGAAGAUGGUGGAGUGGGCAACUGCUAUUACUCUUGUGCAUGAGAUUAUUCAUGCGAUUAAUUUUGUUUGUCCGAAGACAGAUGGGACGAGAGUGGAGAAUCCGGAUGAUGAGAAUCCGCCGUGGUUUUUUGAUGAGGAACCAUUGGCUGAAGCCGGCUUUAGUUUCGAGGUUGCUUUAAAUGGUGGCACGGUCCGUUCUUUCACGACGGUAAAAGGAAUGCCAUAUGGACAUUGGUUUGAGACGAUUUGGCCAUCGGUAGAAAGUCAGGAUCUUUGUGGAUCGAAGAGUAUAACGUUAAGGAACCCUGGCCCCUUCGAUUACCAAGAGAAAUUUCCAAUACCGGCUUCGUUUUAUGAAGAUAUGCAGCAAAAAGAAUUUUGGGAUUAUAUGGUGCAUAGAUUCGGACACAAAUUGUUUCACUUCCGAUCAAUCAACCACGGCGUGCGUCUGAAUUUCGACAUCUAUACAAAAAAUAGAACGCCGAUAAAAUUUAGAGAUGUAUCAACUAUACGUAUAGGCGUUGAUCAUAAAUUAGGACACGAUAAUCAAAUCCUAAGAGAGAGAUGGGAAAGUGUUCACGCGAUACUCGGCGCGCAAGCCGAAUCCGAAGAGAGGAAAAUCGCUCAGAGUUUCGGAAUGUCUUUAUUGCAAAGUUCUAAGAUUGAGAGCUCGUUCUGGACACACGAAGAGACGCAACGGAGAGGUGUUGCUGCGAUAUUUGAUCAUCUCAGUAAACAGGGUGUCUCGGAAGAAGAAAGACUCUCUGGUUUUACACAUUUGAUUGGAUUUAUGUGGACGAUUGUACAGAAUCACAAAAAUAAAAUUGACGCUCUCUUAAAAUCUGGACAAGCCGAUGUUCCACAGAUCCAGAUUCCCACGGAAGAACGUCGAAGAGCUUUACUUGCGUGGAAUAGAGGAACAUCAAUUUUUGUAAAACAAUGUUCCCAAGAAUUUCCCAACGCUUCAGAAGAUCACAGAUUCCAAAUUUCGACUCUUGGACUUAGUCUUGAGAUCUUGCGCUUGCAGCUCUUUUCUCCGAAUCUCCAGACCGAAACUAUUAAAUCCGGGCCUGAUUUCACGGAACUGGCUUUGCUAAUCCAUCUGCAGGAUUCAUUUCUCAAAGGUGAUAGGGCUCUGUGUCGGGAUUCUGUGAAGAAGAUUAGGGAGAUAGAGGGAUAUUCACUUUUUGCAUUUUUGUGUACGUUGUGGAUAGAUACGAUUAUUUAUGAGGGAUCUGAGACGGAUUUGGAGAGGAUCAAGAGUGUGAGGGGGUUUGAGGAGAUGGGGAAAUGGUGGAGAGAAUUGUGGGGGAAGAGUAGUGGGGGGGAGUGGGAGGAGAUGUUUAGGAUUUGGGACGGGGUGAGGGAGGAGGCGGAGAAGACACUUAGGAGGGCGCAUCAUAUGUAG